AUGGGCUUACCUGUCUUACCGAUGGAGUAUUGGGGUGAAAGAUGCAUAAGGAAGAUUGUCGGGCUACUAAGGAAUGUAAUUAAAAUAGACAACGCAACAAAGAACAAGGAUAGACUAAUGUAUGCUAGAGCCCUCGUAGAAAUGGACAUAAGAAAAGGCCUACCGGAUGAGGUGUUCUUCACAAAUGAAUAUGACGAACUGGUCAAACAAGCCGUACAAUAUGACUGGAAACCCCUUUGGUGCCACCAAUGUCAACAACUGGGUCAUCAAUCUGGUGCUUACAAGCCAAAGAAAACCUUGAACCCAAUUCCUAAGAAACCACCAAGAAGAGGAUGGGUGAAGAAAGGAAGCCAAAAAGAUCAUACCAAAGCACAAAGAAAACACCAUGACAAUAGUGAGACCCGUGAAACCAUGAAAACCAACCCAACAACAAAAUUCAUGAUAAGAUCCUUUCUAUCAAAGCGUUGGGGGCUUACCCCAUCCAGGAUCAUGAAUAACAUCCUCACCUGGAACUUUAGGGGGUUAAAUAAGGCCAAUAAGCAAGCUGAAGUGGCCCAUUUUAUCGCUAACCACAACAUAAGCCUAUUUAGCCUCCUGGAGACGAAAGUAAAGCGACAAGGAAUUAGCGCUCUUUACCAAAGAAUCUAUCCAUCUUGGUGUAUUACGCACAACCUAGCUCUCCACAAGGGAGGUAGGAUUAUAGUAGCCUGGAGAGCCGAGGAAAUGAAAGUAGACAUACGGUUUGUUAGUAGCCAAAUUAUCCAUUUAAUUGUUAACCCUAAUGUAUGUGAUAGCUUUGAUUGCUCAUUUGUUUAUGGUGCAACUGACAAGAACGACAAGGGUAUCAUGCUUACUGAGCUUGAGAACAUAGACACAACCGUGACAAGGCCUUGGAUAGUAAUAGGGGAUUUCAACUACAAAUCCAAUCUUAAUAAGAGGAUAGGUUAA